CCCUACCGGUUACGUGCUCGCUCUGCAUGCAUCCAAGCAGUAAAUACAUAGUCGCGUAGAUGGAUUUUAUAUGUUGAAGUUUGUAUUUAUUUAACAAUUUUAAUAAAUCUUCUUAUAUCUGAGGUGCUUCAAUAGUAUUCUGGAUAAGACGCGUGAAUUCAUAACGUGCGUGAGUGUUUACAUACUGACAACCGUAGGUGCGAGGUUUAUUGAUCGAUGAAAGACGCGAUGAUCGACGAUUCUGAAACCCAUGUGGUCCGAUCCAGUGGAGAUCUGUGGUCUGAGAUCUGCUCGAGUCUGCCCCAGCCACAGGAACUCGAUGGACAAUUUACAGACUCGUUUCAGCCCUCUCAAGGCUCUCCACAACCAAACUUCCCUAGGGCUUCUUUCAGCCCAUGGGAACCAAUGGCUGACUCAGAAGUUUACAUUGCCAGUUUAGAAAAUCGGUUGAAGAGAAUCAAGGGACAGUCAAAUGAUGUGACAUCAAGGGAAAUGCUCCGUUCUUUGUCCCAGGCAAAGAAGGAAUGCUGGGAUAGAUUCCUCCACGAUGCCGAAACAUCAGAACUGUUUCAGGAAGGAAAUUUCGAUCCGAGUGCCCUGGAGCAGUUUAAGCGUUGGUUGUCGCCUGAAAGGGUGGCCAUCAAUGCAGAAGAGCUGGAGUACCUUCUUCUGCCCACACAGAACAGUGAGCUUCCUGUCAGCUCUGCCCAAACUGAUCAACUAUGUGAGGAGGAAGAAUGCCCAAGCCCAGAGAAAUAAUCAUAUAACAGAAACACUGGGAAGUUUGCUGGUCUUGUUGUGGAAACAACCUGAUAUUUUGUGAUCCAUUUGUAGGAACCAUACUAUAGGGGAGCACGAAUAAUCAUGUACUAGUUCCUAAACUAAUAUAUGCUACAACAUGAAGAAAUGGUGAAUAAAGGCAUUGACUAUUCAGGAAUGAAUGGAAUCAUACGGACUACCUAAGAACAGACAUUUUUAGCAUAGCUGUUAUUAUUCAUUAUAUAAUAAAUAGUUUGGUUUUGUUUCUGGUUAGUUACUGUCAGUUCAUGUACAUAAUGCACUUGUACAUUAUAAUUGGUUUUGUAUUCAUUUAAAGGGAUAGUUCACCAGAAAAUUCUGUUUUUACUCAUCCACCAGUUGUUCCAACCUGUAUCAAUUUCUUUUACACAAAGGAAGAUAUUUUGAACAAUGUUCGCUACAAAGCAGAUCUGGGGCACCAUUCAUUUCUAUAGUAAGAAAAAUAAUAAUAUUGAAGUAAAUGGUGCCCCAGAUCUGCUAAUUUUUUUGGGUAAACUAUUCUUAUAAGACAUCAUUUUCUUUACAGCAGUGUUAUGUGUUUACAGGAUUAAAAACAAGAGAAAAUAAAUGGAGGAAAAUACUUAUAUGUGUUAUGUAACAUUCCACAAAUGUAAAUUUUAUUAUUGGCUAUUGAAUAUAAAUGAAAAUUGUUUCUUGCCCUUUUUUUGCAGUAUUGACUCUGAUAUGCACAAAUCCAGACAUUACAAUUACAAACGUUUCAAGCAUGAUUUUAAUUGUAAUAUCCUCUCAGACUGAAAUUCAUAGGUAAAUGGACUAGAUAACCACUAUUAAUUGUGGUUAAAGAGUGUUGAGCUUUAUAUUAUGCCCAUUGUUUCUGUACAUGUUAGUAAGUGUACAGUUGUAUUCAAGAAAAAAAGACAAAAGGUGUGAUAAUGAGAUUCUUGUGUGACCUUUGUUGAUUCGUAAUUAUGUUUUUGUGCAGCAGUAACCAAUUGAUGUCACUAAUAGAUGAAUAUGGAUGAGGCAACACAAUAGGUUUUUUUUUGUCAUUAUAUCAUUGGAGCAUUAUUGCUUUUUUCCAAAGUUGUAUGCUGAUAUGAACUGCAAUUCCUAU